UUCAGUAGCAGUAGUAAUGUGUUAGCAGAGAAGAAGCCUUACAUGGCCACAAGGUCGUUAUCUAUAGCCAAGGAUGACCUGCCUGUGACUUUGCUACCUCAAGGCUUGACAAUAUAGGAUGACCUCCUUGGCUAGCCUGAGUGGCCUUUUCAGCCCAUGCUAGGCAGAAAUUAUAUUCCACUUACUCUAUUUAGAUUUUGUGCUUACAGAGCUAUACAGUUAUAAGUGCGAAUAGUCCUGGCGUGUUUCCCCCAUGAACCAGCAAAGCUAAUUCAAGCUUGAAAUUUGUUAAAAAAAAGCUUGAAAUCAUUUUUGCACCUGUACAGAUUUGGCCGGAUUCCUUUGAAAAAUAGAUGCAGUCCUUAAAGUCCGAAUACUCCAAGCUCACCAAUAUUAUUAACUUCAUGAGAAAUCCUUGUGGAUAGCAUAUUUAAGAUUGGCUGUUAUACUGAAAGUGUCAUCAUGGGGCCAAUGAAUAUCUCCAGGACAAUUAUACUGCCAAAAUUGCAAAGAAAGAGUGAUUCCUGGUUUCCAAUGCUGAAUCUCCACAUAUAACACAUGAAUAAUCCGGGACGAAGAAGGAUCCUUUCUGAAGCAUGGGAAUGGCUAUUUCUUUCUUGGUUUUCGGCAGAAAAAACAACAAAUAGAUCCAUGUAUACACAAUAUUACUCGCUCUUGUUUUCAGGCCUAGCAAGCUUUCGUACAUAAAGGUUGGAUUUAGUACCAUAUAAUUCUGCAUGUCAUGAAAUAAAACAAGAUAAAAUGAUUUUAAGAGAACCGCUAGACUAAUGGCACCUCGACCUUGUAUGGUUAACAGCUAUACAAGCUCGAACCGGCUGAGGCAUUCAGGCCGUUCACACUUUUUCUUAUGACCAUGCCUGUUAGAGGUUUCAGUUUUGCUUCGAUUGUUUAUCUGAUAAAAGAAAAGAAUUCUUGUGCAGAUAUUCAGCAGCUACUCGGUUACACAUGUAACUCACAAGAAAUAGCACACAAAUAUCUUCAAGAAGGAGAAGGUUAAACAUGAAAGCAAGCAAAAGAGGAAGAGAAGUGCGACGGAAAUGAGUUACCAGAGAAUUCCUCACGAGCAACCUUACCCUCCACCAGGGCAUUUUGGGUCUCAGCCAUACCCACCUCCUCCCGAUGUCUACCCUCCUCUUCAUCCACCACAUGGUACUAGUGUGUGUACGAGAACUGAGCUCAGUGGCAAGGCAAGACGAGUGCGCAGCCAGUCCACCCGGUCUCACUUCUACCUAACAACGUAUAGUCAAGGGAGGGAUCAUUUCCCCGUUGGUCAACGUUUGUGGUGUACUAGUGUGUACCCUCCAUCACAGCCACAGGGACCUCAUCACCAACCUCCGUCAGGAUACCAGGGCUACUUCAACCAGAGGCAGCGCCCUUACUACCCACCUCCACAGCUGCCACCACCGUUGCCGCGAUAUGGUACACACCACGACCAUCGCCGUCACCGCCGCCAUGGUGCAACUCUGGAUUCCUGAAAGGCUGCAGAGGCGACGGCGGCGCGGUGGACGGCGACGGCGGGCGAGGCAGUUCCAGCAGCGGCGCGUAGUUGGGAUGGAGCAAGAAGUUGGAGCAGGCCACAGGCGUGCCGUUCAUCCCGGCGGAGCAAGCUCGAGCACUGGCGCGGGCGAAGAGUGGCGAGCAACCGCAGAGGUGAUCUGGGAUGGCAAGAUACCUGUGGAGAAAUCGAUGCAUGCUGGCAAUGUUGAUUGGGAGAAGCAGAGCUGUUGCAAUUGCAGUUCUUCUUCUGUGAUGAGGAAAGUAGCAGCAGAAAAUGUGAGGCUGCAGAAUGUUGUUGCUGAUCUGGAAUGUGAGAUGCAGAGGAUGAAGUUGGAGAAGAAGAAGCUGUUGAGGGAUCACAAAGCAGAUAUGAAGUGGAGGGAGAAGAAGGAAGCUAGCAUUGUUGUCUUAGGUGUUGUGUGUGUGCUGGUGUAUGUGGUUGUUGCCCUGUUGACAAGGGGAUUUGUUUGACAAUUGAUAUACUCAAUGUAGCUAUGUAAUCCAUGUUGUGUGUGUGUGCUGGUGUAUGUGGAAUUUGAAUAAAUAAGAGCAAGAGUACUUGUCA